AAGUAAAACAUUUGCGAUUUCACUUUAUCACCGUUUGGUGUUGCUCGAGUGUAGCUAACCACGCGCUCCUUCCAGCCUCCCCUCACCCGCUUUGCUUGGAGUGUGUGUGUGUGUGUUUGUGUGUGUGUGUGUGUGUGUUAGUGGGUGUCUGUGUAAGUGUGUGUGUGUGUGUGUGUGUCAGUGGGUAUCUGUGUGUGUGUGUGUGUCGGCCCGAAAAAGACCGCGGGUUUCCAGCUGAGUUUUCUCUCUCUCUCUCUCUCUCUCUCUCUCUCUCUCUCUGCGUGUGUGUGUUUGUUCGUACGUGUGUGUGUGUGUGUGUGUGUGCGAGCGUGCGCGUAUGUGUGUUUGUGCGAGUGUAUGCGCGUGCGUGCGCGCGCGCGCGCUGUCAUUAUUGCUAUCCAGUCUGCUCCGCGCUCGCGAUGGCCAGAUUCAUUCCGCGUGAGGCAGGAAGGCAGCAGCGCUGUCCCGCUCCCGCUCCGGUUCCCGCUCCUGCUCCCUCACGCGCUCCGGUUCCGGUUCCGUGCAGCCUGCUCGCGCCUGGCCCCGGGGCAGCACCGAGCCCACAGCCGCUCCUCUUCCUCCUCCUCCUCCCCUACCAGCACCAGGUUCUUCCCGAACCCAUGAACGGCACCGAGUCCAUCUCCAUCCACCCGGAGAGCGGCACCAUGAAAGACCAAGACGCGAUCAAACUGUUUAUCGGGCAAAUCCCGCGCAACCUGGAGGAGAAAGACCUGAAGCCACUGUUCGAACAGUUUGGGAAAAUCCACGAACUAACAGUGUUAAAGGACCGAUACACCGGCAUGCACAAAGGUUGUGCGUUCCUCACCUACUGCGCCCGCGAGUCAGCCAUCAAAGCCCAGAACGCCCUCCACGAACAGAAGACGCUGCCAGGGAUGACUCGUCCCAUCCAGGUGAAGCCAGCUGACAGUGAGAGUCGUGGAGACAGGAAGCUGUUUGUGGGGAUGCUGAACAAACAACAGACGGAGGAGGAUGUCUAUCGCCUCUUCGAGCCCUACGGAGUCAUCGAGGAGUGCACUGUGCUAAGAGGUCCUGAUGGGAACAGUAAAGGCUGCGCCUUUGUUAAGUUCUCCACACAUGCCGAAGCUCAGUCUGCAAUCAGUGCGCUGCACGGCAGUCAGACCAUGCCGGGAGCCUCAUCCAGCCUGGUGGUAAAGUUUGCUGACACGGACAAGGAGCGCACUAUCCGGCGCAUGCAGCAGAUGGUGGGCCAAUUCGGCAUCUUUAACCCGGCCAUCGCACUGCCCUUCAGCACCUACAGCAGCUACGCACAUGCGCUGAUGCAGCAGCAGGCAGCCCUCAUGGCCGCGAGUCACGGUGGCUACCUCACGCCCAGCGUGGCGUUUCCGGCCACACAGAUCCACCAGAUGGGGGCACUGAACAUCAACAGCCUCCCUCCCACCCCCAUGACCCCGGUGUCGGGUGAGUUUCAUCAGCCUCUGGGCCUUAGCUCCCCUCCCGCAAACAUCACAUCUUCAGCCGUGCCCAGCAUCGUCACUCCAAUUGUUAACGGCUUCACUGGCAUUCCUCACCAGCCCAAUGGCCACCCAGCAGUGGAAGCUGUAUAUGCCAAUGGUCUGCCCCCAUAUUCCACCCAAAGCCCCACUGCUGCAGACACACUGCAGCAGGCCUUCACCGGAGUGCAACAGUACACAGCGAUCUAUCCGGCAACCACACUGACCCCUAUUGGCCAAAGCUUGCCGCCACCACCGCAGGUCAUUCAGCAGCAGCAGCAGAGGGAAGGCCCUGAGGGCUGCAACCUCUUCAUCUACCACCUACCACAGGAGUUCGGUGAUAAUGAACUCAUGCAGAUGUUCCUGCCCUUCGGGACGGUCAUCUCCUCUAAAGUGUUCAUGGAUAGAGCCACCAACCAGAGCAAGUGCUUCGGCUUCGUGAGCUUUGACAACCCAGCAAGCGCACAGGCCGCCAUCCAGGCCAUGAACGGCUUUCAGAUUGGCAUGAAGAGGUUGAAAGUGCAGUUAAAACGGCCGAAGGACGCCAGCCGCCCCUACUGACACAGCUCCAACACACACAGAGCUACAGCACAGGUUUUGAAAAGUGAAAUCUCAAAAGGAGCUUGAUUUUUUUUCUUUCAAAAUAAAUAAAACAAGAUUAAAAAAAAGAAGAUGAAAGGCUUUUUUCGAAGACAUAUCAGCAUUUCCUUAUGAAGACGUUCAUCCGAGUCGGAGAGAUGCCGGGGAAGCGGCGCACUACAGACAAACUACAAGCAGCACAGCAUAGUGAGAAAGUCAAAGCAGGAUCAUGGUGGAUAAUCCCAAAAGACAAGACCUUUUAAGCUACAGAACUUCUCUCGCUAAGACUGAGUCAACAAAUACGCAACAAACAAACAAACAAAAAAAAAAGAGCAGCAAGAACAACAUAGAUUUCUAUAUACAUAUUAUAUACAUGUGCUAUAUUAUGGAAGAGGCGCUUCCAGCUUUUAACGAUACUGGACAAAUGAGGGUUAAAACUUGAAAAUCAAGGAAAAAGGCCGUGGAGAGGAAAAAAAAAGCUCUUUUUAACCACUGGCAGACCUUCUUUCUCUUUCUCUGUUUCCUUUCAACUGUCUUCAUGUCUCUGAGCAAGCGCAGGACUUUUGGCCUUCUGUGGUCGCGGAGGUUUCCAGAGGUAACAGUGCAACUGAAAAAUCUUUCACUCCAAGGGACCAAAGGACCAAAAACCUUUUUAUUGUUCGACAGUAAUAUAUAGUAUUAAUGACGAUACUAAUACUACAAACUACUACUAAUGAUGUUACAUGUUUGGAGAAAAAAAAAAAACUUAAGAGGAAAUACUUGCUUCAGGUUGGAAGAGGAAAGAGAUUUUGAUUUCUUUUCCUUUUACAUUUAUAACUACUGGGUUUCAGAAUAUUUAAACAAAAUAGAAAAAAAGAAGAAGAAAAAAAAAGUAUUUUAAAAGCUAUACUAUUUUAGAGGAGUAGAAUAUGUGGAUGGGUGAUUGUUAAGGGCAUGUUCAGUUCUUUUUCAUCAAACUCUUUGUCUGGGACGGUGUGGCACUGACCCACUGCCUUUCAGCUCCGCCUCUGACCUUCACAUUUAUUUAGACAUUAAACUGAAGCACACAUGCCAGAGAAAUUACACUCACUGUCCUGCUCGAACUUACAUGUUCCUUUCAUUUAGCAAACAGACAUUAAAAUACUGAGUAGCACCUGCAUGUUCUGUGGACAAACCAAGCCAGAGGAGAAAGUGCAUGUGUAAGCAGGGUUAAGUAACUAGUUCAGGCGUAAUGAAGUGCACAAUUUUCCAUAUCUUUCACUUUUAUUUCUGAAGUUUGCAUCAUUAGAUUUUUGUACUGAAGUGACUGAUGCGAACGUUGGACUCCUAGCUCCUGAAUAUUCACCGAAAACAUCAGUUUUCCAUCAUAUAACUAAAUAAUAAUAAUAAUAAUAAUAAUAAUAAUAAUAAUAAUAAUAAUUUACCCUUCUACUCAAAAUAUAGGACAAAAUGACAAGAUGAUGACAAAAUGUCAGCACUACUCAGCUAGGCAAGCUUUUCCCCCACUGAACAGUUUUAAAUAAUACAGGAAAGAAAUACAAUUUAAAAACAUUAAGGUACUGAUGAGGCACAGUUUAAAUGAAAGAGUUAGUUAAGGGAACAUGAAGCUCAUUCUGUCUCUGUAAGUUGACUAAAAUAGAUGCUUUUCAUUAAUUACAUCUCAACUAAAAUGAACAAUAACCAAAUAUUUCCAUUAGCAAAUCAAUUGUAAAAAUGUCUAACCUUAACCCUAAGCCGAAGGCCAGUGUGUUCAUUUUAUUUUACUUUAGCACCUUCCUCAGCAGCAGGCACACUGUGUGAACAGGAGCUCUUUAUGUAAGCCGUUAUAUUACUGAAAUGUUGACUAAUGUGAGUUCUUCAACAAAUGACACUGACCUUAGCCCAAAAAGACGUCUUUUCAGCUUCACAGCUUAGCCAAAUCUUACAGUAUUCUGUUUUAAAGCCUCAAGGGUCCUUUAACAGGGAUUAUGGUAAUCCAGGGACCUACAGCCCAACACCCCAUAUCAUUAUCAUACAGCUUGUAUUGAUCAAAUGGCCAGCCUCAGUCUCUGCCUCAGCUUCUGACUCAGCUUCUGCCUCAGGGCCACUUCUGCACAAUCAAUUACAUGACUGAGUUCAUUUUUUUACACUUUAUAUAACAAAAGCUUGAGACAAGCUCACCGCGGGAUUGCUUUAUCGAUGCAGACCAGACCAGCGUUUAAUAAUACAGGUCAGAAAUGUCAUUAGAAAAAUGAAGAUAGUGAUGAGGCACAACUUAAUGCUGGGAAAAAAACAUUUUAGAGCGCCUGAAGAAUGAGAGCUAUUAGUAAGGCCACAGUGAGGGCAGUUUAAAGGGCACAGACACCGACACCAUGAUGUACUUACAGCAGCUGCUGGUGUUCUGUCUGAUGAAUAGCACACGCACACACACACACAUAUACACACACACACAUAUACACACAUACACACAAGCACACUCAGAGACACUCUGUUGACAAAAGGUCAGAGGAUGGAACUGCAUUCCUUUAUAACAUGGUGAACGUCCACUGAGUCCCACAUAAAGAGCUGAAAAGGUCUUUUUUUUUUAUCAUAUUUUGCUUCAUUUUUAUCAUCUGUCUUAAAGCUCCUGCACUCAUAUAUUAUCACCUACUACAUAGUUAUAAAUUUCGAACUGUAUAAACUGUCAAGUCUCCUUAUGCAGAUUACAGGGUGUACCAACUCAACUACAGAAAAAAAAUCCUUUAGUUUUCAUUUUCCAUCUUUUGAACCUUUUUGGCAAAGCCAGAAAUCUGUUGCUAUCAGGACAGGCUUGUGACCAUAGAUGUUUGGUGUAGCAGGACAACAUUAAUAACAAAACUGACAAGCGAUCACACUUAACUUAAGCAUCCAGCAUUCAGUCUAGAGUUUAGCCUGAAAAGACCUGGAACUAGCCCAGAAAAUCUAGCCAUUGGAAAAGGGAGCUACAUUUAUCUUCAUAUUCUCAGCAUUUACAUGAGAAACAAGGUCACUGUGGUGCACACGCAUUUCUGCUGUACAGAUGUUAUCCCCUCUAUAAUCCCUGUUUCUCUCUCCCAAUCUUUACAAUAGAAAGAAAUGGUUCUGUUCAUCAUAGACACAGUGUCAGCACUUACGCUUUGUCUUUGAUUUUUUUCUUGGAAAUGUAGUCAGUUUAAUUCUGGUUAUUUGCUAUCUCGGCAGAUAGAAUAUUUUUAAACUGCUCUUUCUCCAACAGUGUGAGCAACCUAUGUUUGACCACUACGACAAAAUAAUGUCUGUUGAUGAGCAGCAAGUUUCUCCAGUCGUUGGUCACCCAGAAGAGGUCAUUAGUAUUUGAAUGAAAUUUAAAAUGAAAAGCUAACAUUUGCUGAAGAGUUGAUAUAGUGGAGCUCUGCUUAAGCUGCCCCUAUGAAAGAUUUGCCACUGAUCACUAUGUUUUAUAUUGGAAUUGGUAACUCGUUAUUGAACAGGGGGCCGGAUAACUAUCCAGUUAUAAUGCCAUUUUCCAUUCGAACCCCGGUUCACAUGGUAAUAUACUGUACACAUAUGCAGCCCUCGGGCAUCUGUGCUCUAAUAACCCUGCGUCCUCUCCGAAUCUCUACAUUCCAGACAUGUGAAUUAUUAAAAUCAAAUUAAAUUUGGCUCUCACAUAUCAGCAGGCCUAAUGCAAAUUAAAAAUGGCAACUCACGCCUGAAGUUUAAUAAGUUUGAGCCAUGAUAUGAUUACAGCCAGACGGGAAAAAGACAAUGGAGUAAACAUGGGGGUGAUUGAGGAUGAGUGUGUUAGUGUGAAUUACGCUUAUGAUGUUUUUUGCUGUUUUAAAAAAAAAAAAAAAAAAAAAAAGGGAUGCACAGGCUCUGUUGCACUGCUCAUAGUCACAAGCACGCAAAAUCACCAGCAUUUCUCAUUUGCGUUCUCAUUCCAGCUUUCUUCAUGUUCAGAGUUGAGUUUCCUCACACCAUGAUGCCCAGCGUGAUGUUUGAGCAUGUUCAGACGUGGUGGUGGGUGGGUGGGGUUUACGGCGGGGCGUAAAGUAUAUUAACGGUACUACUCGUAUUAACAAUAUGAUUCUUUAAUUAAUUACCUAUGGUUUGUAUGCUAAGGAAAGUAGCUUAUUAUAGAUCUAAAAUGUGUAUAUUAGGGAACAUGAGCACAGGAACCUUGCAGGGGGAAUCUCUGCUGCGGGAUGAUGGGAGGGUGGGGUUGUGGGUUUUUGCUUUAUAAGACCGUCUUCAACUUCUGGUUUCUCAGCACAAAACCUAUGGAAGUCUGUAUACUGUAUACUGGAUUUGUUGAAAAGCACGUGGACGUGUGUGAUGGGUGAAGCAGGAAGUCCGGGCCACACGCUUACUGCCCGGACAAGACAAUGCUGUUUACAGUCUCUUUUAUUUAUUUAUUUUUUCUUUCUUUCUUUUUUUCUUUUCCUUUUCUUUUCUUUUUUUUUUUUUUUUGCUUUUUGGUUCCUGUUUUUCAGGUAACAAGAAGAGUAAAGUUCAUGUUCUGCUCAAAGCUCUAAAAAUGAGACGCAGUGCAGUAAUUAUUUUUUAUGAUGCAGAACAGAUGCAGUUUGGUCUUCUUCUGAGAAGCCAGACAUUCAAGUGUUGACUUUUUUUCAGGUAUUUGCAUAGAUUUUAUUGUCAUGCCAAAUUCUAUAGUAUUCUGUCAAUAUUUAUUUAUUUAUUUAUUUAUUUAUUUAUUUAUUUAUUUAUUUAUUUAUUUAUUUAUUUAUUUAUUUAUUAAUUUAUUAAUUAAUUAAUUAUCGAUCAUUGAUUUAUUUUUGUUUCAUUUUGUGAUCAUGCGUUGCUUUAUUUAA